UUGGCUCAGAACGAGAUUUCUCCAUAUGGUUCCAUAGAAUCGAGUUCAUUGUUCGAAAAUAUUCCAGUUCAUGAUGCAGAUAUACUCAAAUCGAUCGAUCUAACAGAUAAAGAUACAAUGAUCACUAAGUUUAUUAAUGAAAAAAGAGAAAAAAUUAUGGCAUUAUUUAAUGAAACAUUAAAUCAUCCAGAUUUUAAUUCAUCCACUCCAAUUCAAACUAAUUUUGAGCAAGCCGAUACAAAUCAAGGUUCAGAUGCUCCAAUUCGCUCCGAAAAUUCAAAUAUUGCAGACUCUACAGAUUUAGAACCAGAAAAUCAAAACCAUCCUUCUACAAAUCAAAUGUCUAGUAAUCUAGAACAUAAGCUGGACCUUCUUGAUCAUAUUGAAAAACAAUUAUCGAAAAUGCGCUCGUUAUUGGGAAUUCUUCCUACUACAAAAUGCUAUUGUUGGGCCGUCAAAACAAGUUUCAGUUAA